CGCAACGGCUAGCGGAGUUGCGCGACGCGGAGCCGAAUAAGCAGCGGCUGUGGCAGCAGCAGCAGCGAGGGAGAGAACAAGAGGGAGAGAAGUGGGCUGGCUGGCCUUGGCGGAUACCCGCGGCCAUGAGGAAGAGCGAGGUUUUGGCCAGCGAGUCGGUGGCCUGCCUGAACCAGGCGCUGUUCCAGCUGCGCGACAUCUGGGAGGAAAUCGGCAUCCCCGAGGACCAGCGCCUGCAGCGCACCGAAGUGGUGAAGAAGCACGUCAAGGGCUUGCUUGACAUGAUGAUUGCGGAGGAGGAAAACCUCAAAGAGCGUCUCCUGAAGAGCAUUGCAGUGUGCCGCAAAGAAUUGGUGAUCCUCUGCAAGGAGCUACAACUGGCUCCUUUUGAGGAGGACGAGGAGACCACCAUCCUGCAGCUAGAGAAGGACCUGCGCACCCGUGUGGAAGUAAUGCUGAAGCAAAAGCGGGAGAGAAAGCAGGAGCUGAAGGUGCUGCAGGAGCGAGACCGGGAGAUGUGCGACCUGCUUUGCACAGCUCCCUAUGACAUUGACAGUGAGGCUGUGCCCAGCCUGGCGGAGCUGGACCACUUUCGGCGCCACUUGGCAGGACUAGUAAUUGAAAAGGAGCGCCGGCAGAAGGAGUUCCUCGACACCAAGAGGCAGAUCAUCCUGUGCAUGGAGGAGCUGGAGCACACCCCAGACACCAGCUUUGAGCGAGAUGUCGUGUGUGAGGAGGAGGAUGCCUUCUGUCUCUCGGAGGACAACAUUGCCGCCCUGAAGGAUCUCUUGCAGCAGCUCGAGAGCAGGAGAGCUCAGAAGGAAGCCUUGUGCCAAGAGCUGCGUUCCAGGAUUCGGGUGCUGUGGGAGCGGCUGCAGGUGCCUGCGGAGGAAAGGGAAGCCUUUGCCCCCUACAUGGUGGGAGCCAAAGCCGCCAUCAUGGAUGCUCUGAAACUGGAAGUGGAUCGCUUGCAAGAGCUGAAGUUUCAGAACAUCAGAAAUGUGGUGGAGGCCACCCGGGCUGAACUGGCAGACUACUGGGACAAGUGUUUUUAUGGGGAGGAGCAGAGGCGAGCCUUCUACCCCUACUAUGAAGAUGACUUCACUGAAGAGCUGCUGCAGCAGCAUGAAGAGGAAGUUUCCCGGUUAAAGCAGUGCUAUGAAAGGCAUCAAGAGCUGUUUGAAUCCAUCCACAAGUGGGAGAAGAACUGGCGCCUCUUCCAGGAGCUUGAGAGGAAGGCGACGGACCCCAGCCGCUUCACCAACCGAGGGGGUAACCUUCUGAAAGAGGAGAAGCUGCGAGCGAAACUUCAGAAGACUCUUCCAAAGCUGGAGGAGGAGCUAAAGGGGCGCGUGGAGCUCUGGGAGCAGGAGCAGGAGCAGGCCUUCCUGGUGAAUGGGCAGCGCUUCAUGGAGUAUGUGGCAGAGCAAUGGCAGCUCCACCACAUGGAGAAGGAGAAGGAAAAGCAGGAGCGACAACUCAAGAAGUCCCGCCAGAUUGAGGAGGAGAUGAUGUAUGGCAGCACCCCACGGACCCCCAACAAGAGACGGGGCUUGGGCUUCAUUACACCCAGCAAAGUGCGGAAGCUUAACACCACAGCUACCCCGAACAGCACCAUCCGCUCAGCAUUUGGGGGCUCUCUGUUCCACUCCCCAACACCCCACCCAGCACUCUCUGGAGGAAAAGGCUCCCGGAAGCUUGUUGUCAAAAGCUCUAACCUCCAGUGCUCCUCCCCGCUGCCUCCACAGCCUGUCCGGACUCCCAGCCGCAUGGCCCCCAAGUCCCCUCGCCCAGGACCCAUGGAACACAACAAGGAGAACGUUGCUCAGCUCAACAGAACAGUUCUGAGCGGUGGGUGCACCCCUGCAGCCCCUGCCCAGAGCACCUGCAGCAUUAACUCUGUUGCCAGCACCUAUUCAGAGUUUGCGCAAGAACUUUCAAAGGCUUCCAGAUCUGACUUCAAAUCCCGCAUCCUUAACUCCACGGUUUCCAAUGCUGAGAGCUGACGGGGAGCUUGUACACAGCGGCAAAGGAAGGUAGCCAAAGGAGCUGGCACCACUGGACUUCCCUCCUGGGGUUAGGCAAAGCCGUGUGCCUCCCUGCUUGGCCCUGUUGCCCGUGGCAAUGGAGGCAGGGCCACUUUUAACUAUUUGUUCCUUGUUUUUACCACACUGAUUUUUUUAAACAAUUUUUUUUGUAUAUUAAAAAGAAUAAAAUGUAAAUGUUGCAAA